AACUAGAAAGAAACAAAUGAUCUACUGAGAAUUUGAGUAGGUCUUGUAAAAUGCAGAUGCGGAGAGAGAUGAAUUAUACAUGGCAGAGAUUGUUGAUGACCAUGUUGCCGGUUUUCCUCGUUAUGUUCUUGUCGGUUUCGGUUUCGGUUUCGGCUGAUCAUGAUGAUAUUGAGGAAGUGUCACUUAUGCAAUCAUUUGGGAAGAGUCCCUGGUUGUCAUCUGAUACCGUGAUGAAACUGAAAAAACCGAAACUUAAAAUGAAAGGCACGAAGGAGGAGGCCGCGAAAGACCCUGGUGCCGCGGCAGCAGGAGCAGUGCCAGGUGCCGCGGGACCAGGAGCAGGAGCUGUGCCAGGUGCUGCAGGACCUGGUGCUGCAGGGGCUGGUGCUGCAGGGGCCGCAGCAGGGGAGCCUGCUGGAGCCCCAGCAGGGGCAGCUGAGGGACCAACUGAUGCACUAGCCGUCGAGGUUGCGGGGCCUGAUGGUCAGCCUAUAACCGGACCUGACAAGCCGAGAUUCGAGUGUGAAUCCCUCGGUAAAUGGAGGAUAACCACGCCUAAUGUUGGAGUUUCGGCCAUGCAAUUGCAGACAAUGCCUUUCGAUAAGUUGGUCUGGUUUGACACAACUUUCCUCGGGCCUUCAGCGCUUCAGUGGACUCCUCCCGGGAACUGUCCUCCCAAUUUUGAGACGAAUCAACCGGAUUGUUUUGUCCACAGCUUGGAGUAUGAUGCGAUUAAAGACACCACAAGACCACUACAUAUCAAGUCUGAUCCGUGGUGCUCGACUGGAAGCUUGUCGGGCAGUGGAACUCUAGUUGGUUCAGGAGGCUAUUACAAAGGAAGAGCUGCUGUGAGACUUCUCAAGCCAGGCGGCGACUGUGAUUUCACCGAAAAAUCAGAAGUCUUAGGUUCCGAAAGAUGGUACGCUUCACAACACAUAUUGGACGAUGACAAUCUUAUAAUAGUUGGUGGUAGAAAAUCGUUCAACUACGAAAUCAUCCCACCAGACACAUUAGAGUUUCCGAUCAAAAAAUUUGAUUUCCCCUUUCUGCAACAAACCACUGACCCUGUUGAAAACAACCUCUACCCUUUCUUGUACUUAACUCCAGAAGGAAAUUGCUUUCUCUUUGCCAACAAUCGCUCUAUAGUCUUCGACUAUAAAACCGCGAAAAUCAUCAAGGAACUGCCACCACUCCCUGGUGGCUCCAGGAAUUACCCUGCCUCUGGAAUGUCCGCAGUCCUUCCAAUCAGAAUCAAUCCCAAGACCCCCGAACAAAUAUCCUUUGAUAUCAUGGUAUGCGGUGGAGCUUCACCGUACGCGUUUUGGCCAGUGGAUAGUGUCACAAUUAGGCCUAAACCGAAGAAUGUAUAUUGGCCAGCUCUUGAAGAUUGCAAUAAGUUGAGGCUGAUGGACCCGAAUCCGCAUUGGGAAAAAGACAUGAUGCUCUCUCCUAGAGUUAUGGGAGAUAUGCUAAUUCUUCCAACAGGAGAUCUUUUGAUACUGAAUGGUGCUAAGAAAGGAGCUGCAGGGUGGUGGAAUGGUGAUGAACCAAACUUGACACCCGAAAUUUACAAUCCGAGAGCAAAGCUCGGAGGCAGGUUCAAACAACUAACACCUACAACUAUUCCAAGAAUGUACCAUUCAUCAUCAGCAGUGCUAUCCACUGGGGAGAUCUUCGUAGCAGGAAGCAAUGAAAACGAUAGGUAUGUCUUCGAAGGAGUGCCUUUUCCAACUGAUCUCAGGGUGGAGAAGUUUACGCCUCCUUAUCUCGACGCAAGUCUGGACAAAUAUAGGCCUAAAAUAGUUGGUGAAAUCAAGAAAAUGACUCACAACCAGCCCUUUACUUUCACUAUGGCUUUCGAUGCUAAACCCGCAGAUUUGGAAGCCUCGGACUUAAAGGUCACUAUGUUGUACCCGCCAUUUACAACUCAUGGAUAUUCACAACAACAAAGAAUGCUGGUGCUAGAGGUGCAGCUAGCUGGUGACUCUGUCACGGCUGUGGCGCCACCAAACAAGAAAAUCGCUCCCACUGGCUAUUACUUGCUGUUUCUGGUUUACCGCGGAGUACCUAGUACAGGGGUUUGGUCGAGACUUAGUAUGGAACCCUGAGAUUGCAAUAAAUCAUCAACUUCUUAAGAUGAUGUUUCGACAGGGGCGGUUGAUUCAUUCAGCUCUCUGUUUUCUUCUAGUUCGUUUGCUUCCCUUUUAUUUUCCAUUUGAAAGUAUUUCUUAUGUACAUUUGAGAGGGAUCAUGCAAGGAACUUAUAAAUAAGUCAAGAGCUUUGUAUUGUGAUUUUUAUCAAUUUUGUUACUCCAAAAAGGAUAGUAUGUAUUCAACAAACGAUUCAUUGUUUCUC